AUGCAUGUAGCUCUUGGCCAGGACAAGAUCACUGCUCAUAUCCUCAACACGAGUGCUGGCCUUGGGCAGGAGACGUCCACAGGGUUCGUGGCUGAGACGUCCAAGCUGAUGGCGACCUUGGUCCAGAUGGGCGUUAGGACCAUAUGUUUUGCUCGGUACCGUCAAAUGGUUGAAAUAAUGCUCUCUCGAGUGAGAGCAUUGAUGAAGAAAGGCUCGGAAGAGCAAGUGAGUGCAGUUGUGUCCUAUCGAAGCGGCUAUACCCAGGAUUGUCGGCGAGGCAUCGAGCAACAGAUAUUCUCGCAUCAAGUACUGGGUGUGAUCUGUACCAGCGCGCUCGAACUAGGCGUGGACAUCGGCAGUCUUGACUGUUGCAUAUCUAUGGGGUAUCCGGGCUCGAGCCACAGCCUACAGCAACAGUUCGGCAGAGCUGGAAGGGUAG